CAGGUGUUUAUAUUCUACACCCCCUUCGCUGGUGAUUUGGCACAUCCCUUUGAUGUUUCCCGCACUUCUUGUUCCCAGUGUCACUGCGCCGGAACGCAUUCAGAAGAAGACCCAGAGGCGGACGGUCGAGAGUCUAGGUGCAUCGGCCAACAACUGCUGCAGGACAACAGUACGAUGGCAGGAGGUCAGAGAUCGUCAGAAUUCUGCCACAACAAACACGCAGGCUCCCUCUUACAGGGCUUACAGGAACUGCGAUCUGACAAUCUCCUGAUAGAUGUCACACUUUGUGUCUCCGGGAAAGAGAUUCCGUGCCACAGGAAUGUUCUGGCUGCCUGCAGUGGAUACUUUCGCGCCAUGUUCUGCAACGGACUUCGUGAGAGCAAUGAGAACAAGAUAACCAUUCGCGAGGUUAGCGCCGGUGCCAUGCAGCUCCUUGUUGACUACGCGUACACGUCCAAAAUCACCAUCACAGAGGACAAUGUUGUGAAACUGCUUGCAGGAGCUAACUUUCUACAAAUUGAACCCGUGUAUCGCGCAUGCAUGUCUUUCACGUGCAACAAUCUGAGUGCUAAAAAUUGUCUUAAACUGUUACAUCUUGGAGGAGUGCUAUCCUGUCCUGACCUGGAGAAGGAAGCCAAGUUGUACGCCAUGAAGGAGUUUGCAUCAGUCAGCAAAACACCUGAGUUUCUAUAUCUGACAAAGGAUCAGCUCAUCGCACUCAUCUCGUCUGAUGACCUCAAUGCUUCAGAAGACACAGUCUACACCGCAGUGAUGACAUGGAUCAACCAUGACACCAGGAAGAGGAAGAAGGAGAUGAGAGAGCUGAUGGAACAUGUCCGGUUCCCCUUCAUGGACAGGAUGUACUUCUUGGAGAACGUGGAGAGCAAUGAGGUGAUGCGAAAGUCGUGCCCGGGCAUCGUGACGGAAACUCUGAAGUACCAGCUGUUCCCAGGAGAGGUCCAGUCGCCCCGCACACGUCCCCGCCAUGUCAGUGGUCUGAGGGAGGCAGUAGUCAUCAUUGGAGGGGUAGAGAAAACAGAGAAAACUGGAGAGGGAUCAUACAUAACCAGCUCAAGCGCCAUUGCCAUGACUUGUUCUGCUGAGCCAUCAACUUCAAGUUGGGUUCCUUUGACUCAAGUGCACCAGGACUUUCUCAUGGCAUCUGCUACAGCUGUUCUGGACAGAAGGGACAUCAUUUUGUCAUGUGUCAAAGAUGUGUUUCUGAUUCAGCCUGAACUGAAGUCCUGUUCCAGACUUGCUGGAUUGAGAUUGGCCCGGGACUGCCACAGGCUAGCAGUGUUGCAGGGUAAAGUGUAUGCAAUUGGUGGGAGAAACCCAGCCUCACCUGCACUCACAAGUGUGGAGGUCUAUGACCGAAGCAAGAACAAGUGGACCCCAGGCGUACCUCUCCCACAGCCAAGGAAUGAGCAUGCAACAGCAGUGUUGGAUGGCAGCAUAUACGUGAUGGGUGGGUUUGAUGCCGACCAUAAACUAACAUCUACAGUGUACCGCUUCAGCCCGGGUGACUCCCAGUGGCAGUCCCUGAAGGACAUGCCUGAAGCAGCUGGACACACUGCAUCUGUGCUCAAUGGUAGCAUCUAUGUUGCUGGUGCAAGCUCGACUGUGCACUGUUUCAGGCCUAACGAAGAUGGGGGUCACUGGAGUGUUGCAGCAAGAGGUGUCCGACUCUGUUGCGGAAUGACAGCAUACAUGGGGAAGCUCUACAUCUAUGGAGGCCAGGACAACAACAGCAAUGGAAGCUCAGCAGUCUUCUGCCUGGAUCCGGAGACCGGGUCGUUCAACAGUGCAGGAACCAUGAUGAAGGGUUUGUUCUACCAUGGAUGUGUGACCAUACUCAAGUGCUGUUGAUGUAUGGUGAACAAUACUGGACUGUACAAAACCACAUGAACAGAUGAAUGUACUGCAGUUGUAGUUGUAAAACCCAGCAUUGUACCAUUUGGUACAGAAAUGGUUGUAAUCACGUUGCUUAAGGAAAGAUGCACAGGUAUGUCAGAAGACACCAAACUCUUUACCAUAUUGAAU